ACCGGAUAGAAAUGAGUCUGUCUGGUUACUAUUUCACCAGCGCCUAUCUCUGGCCAUUCGCUGUUUCUGCUCAUGAUCAACGUAUCUCUUAUUCGCGUAAUCGCGGCACCCUCGCGUUAUCAUGCAGUUGCUGAUAAAGGGGCGGCGUGUGAGCGUUCUAAAGGCUGCUCUUUCUGUUAUUAAACGCUCGUCUGUAGAACUUCUCGACGCUCACUACUGACUACUUAGUAUCAGUGCAUUCUUAUCCUUUUUGUCUAUCUGGCCCACUAAUUGGAGUUAGGUUGAAGCCAAGAGUUUCGGAACGAUACACUAUCUUCUUCUGCUGCAUGAGGGAGUCAUUUCACAGUCACGCCCUAUCUCGUGCGACCUUCUUAUCAAUACAGUUUAGUGGCUAUAAGUAGAUAAACGGACACCCGCGCAACCCUGCAACUCCUCGUCGUCCUGAUUAUCGCGUCAAACGAUGCAAGGAUACCAGCUGUUGAAGGAAGCGGUUGGUGGCGAGGGUUUUCAUCGCCCUCCUUUCAGCCGACGACUGGCAUGGGCCGCGCUAUUCUCGACUGUCUUUCUUACAUCCUCGGUUCUUUAUGCCUCCAGGUGGACGGAUAGGACCAGCGAACUUCAAGGGUUUCACGCGAACGAUGUCCCUCUCAAACAGUGCCCCUCUGGACUUCCGCCUCCGGCAAAGCCACCUGCUCAGGUGAACUUAUGGACUGGCCUAACUGUGGACGAGACUGUUGCGAUCACAGAUUGGCUCAGUGCGCCGGAACGAGAUCUCAACUUGACGUUGAGUGAUCGUGCAGCCCUUGGUGAUAAUAUUAUCUAUCAUAUUGAAGCCUAUAGACCAUCCAAGGCAGAGGCGCUUGCUUAUUUGGAGUCGCCUUUGGACGAGAAGGUACCACAAAGAUUUGCGAGAGUUACGAUUCAUCAUGGAUCAGUGAACGAGCCUUACAUUAUGGAUUAUCUCGUCGGACCCCUUCCAAUCACCCACAAGACAUCUAUGAGAGAGCUGACCGAGAUAUAUCAUCGUAAUCCGGUCCCUUUCAAUGCCCGCGGAUAUACUGCUGUCGUGUUUGCUGAACUAAAUCCGUUGAUGUCUAAAAUCAUGGCACCUAUCGAGGACAUUGUUAAGGAACUCUUUGGCAAUGUGACAUUGGUUGCAGCUGCAAAUGGACCUAUGAGUUUUGAUGGUUCGUUCCGUCGUUCGUGGAUAUCGUGGAGACGGAAGGUUUCCGGUCCGUGGUUACAUCCUGUCGGAUUCUUUCAGUAUGUCGAUAUCAGUGGGCCCGACCCAUCCAAAUGGAGACUGCUCAAGAUCGUCUACAAUCACCAAGUCUUCACAGAUAUCGAUUCCUUCAUCGAUGCUUUUCGUAACGGAACUUUAAAACGCAUUCCUUCCCGGCCAGACCAAAAAGAAGAUGUUUCUUGGAGCACUCGGAAGCGACCUGGUGCUCAACGAGAUUUAGAUCAUCUCCCCGGUCCCCGUUCUGUGUCAUUCGGUGGUUUGCGAUUCAGAGUAGACCGUGCUUUGCAAUAUGUCAGCUGGAUGGGUUGGGGUUUGUACCUUGGCUUCGAUCGAGAUAUGGGUCUAUCCCUCUGGGAUAUACGAUUCAGGGAUGAACGUUUGAUCUAUGAGCUAUCUCCUCAGGAAGCAAUCGCGCAAUAUGCCGGAAAUGACCCUAUGCAAGCGACUACCGCUUGGCUUGAUAGGUACUUCGGCAUGGGAUCUGCUGUACGCGAUAUGCUUCCGGGAUAUGAUUGUCCACAUGAGGCGGUUUACCUUCCAGCUACUACAUUCACACACAUGGGAACCAUCAUCAGAGAAAGAGCGAUAUGCAUUUUCGAGCAGGACACGGGUCGCCCCAUUACUAGACAUACGGGAUAUGACGAGGAGGAAUUUGGUGCAGUUCGUGGUUACGUGCUGACAAUUCGAAGCACUUCCACAGUUGGGAAGGCUCUCGGGAUGAUGGCAGUGUUUGACUAUAUGUUCCAUAUGGACGGUACCAUCGAAGUGCGCCUGUCAGCAUCCGGCUACCUUCAAGGUGGGUAUUGGGAAAGUUCCCAAGAAGCGUACGGGACCGCGAUUCGUGACACCUCGAUGGGUUCUCUUCAUGACCAUGUCAUCAACUUCAAGGUCGAUUUGGAUGUCGCUGGGUCCGAGAACUCUUUGUUGUUCACGCAUACUGUACAGGAGGAAGUUGAGCAACCAUGGCUCGAUGAGGACUGGGGAAGCAAAGCGAUACAACAGAAGAUCCUCCGUGACUAUAUCGAAUCAGAGGACGAUGCUCUCCUAAAGUACCCUCUCAAUUUCCAAGGAGGAUAUUCAAUUGUGAACCGAGAGAAGACUAACAGAUGGAACACGCCUCGUGGAUAUGCUAUUCACCCUGGCUACUCUCCAAUUCACAACACUGUUGUUGGCUCCAAGCGGUUGCUGAACAAUGCUAACUGGGCGCGGUACAAUCUAGCUGUAUCACGUCGGAAGGAUACCGAGCCAACCUCAAGCAGCAUGUGGAACCUGAACUUACCUGGUGCUCCUAUGGUCGACUUCCACAAGUUCUUCGAUGGAGAGAAUCUCACUCAGCAAGACCUAGUUGCGUGGGUUAAUGUUGGCAUGCAUCAUCUGCCUCAAGCAGAAGAUUCUCCCAACACUCGCACCAAUGUUGCAGCAUCCAGCUUCUUGCUGACACCACUUAACUACUUCGACUCUGAUAUCUCAAUGGACUCCACCAAUGCAAUUUUGCUCACGCCUCCUCAAGUACCUGGUGACCCCUUCGGUUACAAUGAUUAUGGUGUGAAAGCCGUAGAAUGCAUUCCCGACGCGGUCCCACCGUUCGAAUACAAAGGGCUCAAAGCGUUUGGGCUGGACGGGAAGGAGGCACCACCAGCGAGUAUCAAGCAGUUGAGGAACGAAGCUGAAUUGUAUCAUCGUAUUGAAGUGGAGUUGUAAAGCCAAUUAUACUACAGAUAAACUUUG